GUCCAGAGGAGCCCUUGUCCAGUGGGGAGGCUUCAGGGCCGGGCUGAUGGGCAGCCAGGCACAGAUCCUGGCUCCAGGCACCUAGAGCCUCCCAGAGGGAUGGUGGGCAUGGCAUCCCUACAGGCGCACCUGUGGCCUGCACAAGUGGCCCACCAUGGGCUCCCAGUUGUAGAGCACCUGGAGCCUCCCGGAGGGGUGGUGGGCACGGUGUCCAUGCAGGCGCAUCAGUGGCCUGCUCCCAUGGCCCACCAUGGGCUCCUGGGUUGCAGAGCACCUGGAGCCUCCCAGAGGGGUGGUGGGCACGGUGUCCAUGCAGGCGCUCACGUAGCCCACCACGGCUUCCAGUUGCAGAGCACCUGGAGCCUCCCGGAGGGGUGGUGGGCAUGGCGUCCGUGCAAGUGCUCAUGUGGCCUGCAUUCAUGGCCCACUGCGGGCUCCUGGUUGCAGAACACCUCGGGCCCAGUCUGGCCUUCAUCAUAUUCACGGAGGCCAUGCUGCACAUGCCGGGGGCGCCCGUGUGGGCCGUGCUCUUCUUCAGGAUGCUCUUCACCCUGGGGCGCUCGUCCAUGUUCGGCAACAUGGAGGGGAUCAUCACGCUGCUCCUGGACAUGGGGGUCAUCCACAUGGGGAUCCCCAAGGAGGCCCUCACAGGUGAGUGCACAGCUCAGCCACAGGGAUGCCUGCUGCCUCCCAUACAGAGCUCAGGGGCCCUGGGCUAGCCCGCUCCCCGAGCACAGCCC